UAUCCCGCCCUCCCCAGCCGAAGCCGGGCUCAGGGCAGCUAACAACAAUAAAAUAGUACAACAUUCUAAAAACAUUUCAUUAUAAAAAUUAAUUAAGAUCAAAUUGAUGGCAACCAUUAAGCUAAAGUUCUGUGGAGAUUGCCAAAGGAGGGAGUCAUGCUGCGCCCUGACCAAAGGCUUGGUGGAACAGCUCUGUCUUGCAGACCCUGCGGAAAGAUGUCAAGUCCCGCAGGGCCCUAGUCGCUUGUGACAGAGCGUUCCACCAGAUUGGAGCCGCAGCCGAAAAAGCCCUGCCUCUGGUUGAGGCUAGCCUAAACUCUCUGUGGCCUGGGACCUUCAGGAUGUUUUUAUUUGAAGACUGUAAGUUCCUCUGUGGGACAUACCAGGAGAGGCGGUCCCGUAGGUACGAGGGUCCUAGGCCGUAUAGGGCUUUAAAGGUUAAAACCAGCACCUUAAACCUGAUCCUGUACUCCACCAGGAGCCAGUGCAGCUGGUAUAGUACCGGGUGAAUGUGAUCUCGCAGCGAAGACCCCGUAAGGAGUCUCACCACGGCAUUCUGCACCCGCUGGAGUUUCUGGGUCAGUCUCAAGGGCAGCCCCACGUAGAGCGAGUUACAAUAAUCCAGUCUGGAGGUGACCGUCGCGUGGAUCACAGUGGCUAGGUCACGGCGAGAGAGGUAAGGAGCCAACUGCUUAGCUUGGCGGAGAUGAAAAAAUGCCGCCUUUGUUAUAGCUGUAAUCUGUGCCUCCAUGGAGAGGGAGGUAUCAAAGAUUACACCCAAACUCUUAACGGACAGUGCUGGCACUAAUUGCACCCCCCGCAAGAGAUGGGAGUUGCUCCCCCAAUCCCAUAUUGUCCCGUCCCAGCCAGAGGACCUCUGUCUUCGAAGGAUUUAACUUCAACCGGCUCCCACGUAACCAUCCAGCCACAGCUUCCAGACAUCUGAUCAGUGUGUCUGGGGCCGAGUCAGGAUGGCCAUCCAUCAACAGAUAGAGUUGGGUGUCAUCAGCAUACUGAUGGCAGCCCAAGCCAAAACUCCGGACAAGCUGGGCGAGGGGGCGCAUAAAGAUGUUGAAAAGCAUCGGGGAGAGUAUCGCACCCUGAGGCACACCACACACCAAGGAGUGGCGCGAUGACAAUUCCCCCCCCCAAGCGCCACCCUCUGUCCCCGACCAGAGAGAAAUUUAUAUAUUGAAAUCAUCUUCAUUACUUCUGGUUUUUGGUAGAGUGAGUUACAACCUGUGAUACUCUCCAUCGGCAUCAAGUGAGAAUAGAUGUAUGCACUUUCACAGCCUGGUGGGCUUCAAGGGUAAAGACCCCAAGAUCAUGAUAGACAAUGCCCAUUGCUGGAGGGUUUACAUUUAGAACAGAGUCUGAUACACCAGUCUGACAUCAGCUGCAUUGAAAAAGAAAAUCGCGGAGGCGUGUCCUGGAGAAAUUGAGAGGAAAAGACAUCGGAAGAGCGAGCAAGGGAGGCGGAGGGGCAGAAGAGAGGACAAAGGGUUAGGACAGCGUCUGAUACACCAGUCUGACAUCAGCUGCAUUGAAAAAGAAAAUCGCGGAGACGUGUCCUGGAGAAAUUGAGAGGAGAAGGCGAUCCAAAUUCUGAGGAGACACCUUCAAUUUCAUUGAGAAUAAUGAAGACAAAGUUAAAAUGUGCAUAAUGUUCUUCUGUCUGUGUGCACACUGAGUUUACAAUAAUGAACUCAACAGAAGAUAAACCAUCUAAAGCUAUGCAGUGCAAAAAGAACUUGAACUGGAGCAAAACUCAUAGGAAACAUCAACAAAUGCCCAAGGGAGAGAAACCAAUUAAAUGUAUGGAGUGUGGAAAGAGCUUCAGUCAGUGUGGAGCACUUAGAAUCCAUCAAAGAAUUCACACAGGAGAGAAACCAUUUAAAUGUAUGGAAUGUAGAAAGAGCUUUGGUCGUAGGGAUGCCCUUACAAUACAUCAGCGAACUCACACAGGGAUGAAACCAUUUAAAUGUAUGGAAUGUGGAAAGAACUUCAGUCAAAGUGGAAACCUUAGUAUACAUCAGAAAACUCACACAGGGGAGAAACCAUUCCACUGUAUGGAGUGUGGAAAGAGCUUCCAUAAAAAUGGCUCGCUUCGAAUACAUCAGCAAACUCACACAGGGGAGAAACCAUUUAAAUGUAUGGAAUGUGGAAAGAGCUUCAGUCAAAGUGGAAACCUUAGUACACAUCAGAAAACUCACACAGGGGAGAAAUCAUUUAAAUGUAUGGAAUGUGGGAAGAGCUUCAGUCAAAGUGGAUACCUCAGAACACAUCAGAAAACUCACACAGGGGAGAAACCAUUUAAAUGUAUGGAGUGUGGAGCGAGCUUCAAUCAAAGUGGAUACCUCAGAACACAUCAGAAAACUCACACAGGGGAGAAACCAUUUAAAUGUAUGGAAUGUGGGAAGAGUUUCAGUCAAAGUGGAUACCUCAGAACACAUCAGAAAACUCACACAGGGGAGAAACCAUUUAAAUGUAUGGAGUGUGGAAAGAACUUCAGUCAAAGUGGAAACCUUAGACUGCACCAAAGAACUCACACAGGGGAGAACCCAUAUAACUGCAAAGAGUGUGGAAAGAGCUUCAGUCAAAUUGGAAAUUAUAAAAGCCACCAAAGAACACACACAGGGGAGAAACCAUUUAAAUGUAUGGAGUGUGGAAAGAGUUUUUGUCAUAGUGUAACCUUUAGAACACAUCAGCGAACUCACACAGGGGAGAAACCAUAUAAAUGUAUGGAGUGUGGAAAGAGCUUCACUUCAACCAAAAACCUUAGACAGCACCAAAGAACUCACACAGGGGAGAACCCAUAUAACUGUAUAGACUGUGGAAAGAGCUUCAGUCAAAGUGGAAAUUAUAAAAGCCACCAAAGAACUCACACAGGGGAGAAACCAUUUAAAUGUAUGGAGUGUGGAAAGAGCUUCAGUAAUGGUGGAACCCUUAGAAGGCAUCUACAGACUCACACAAAGGAGAAACCAUUUAAAUGUAUGGAAUGUGGGAAAAGCUUCAGUCAAAGUGGAAACCUUAAGAAACACCAGCGAACUCACACCAGAGAAUAACCAUUGAAUUGUAAGGAGUGUGGAAAGAGACUCGGUCAAAGCGGACAUUUUAAAGACACCAGAGAACAUUCACAGCAGGGGGGAAAGCAUUUAAAUGUGGGGAUUGUGUGUGCAAGAACUUUACUGAUAGUAAGAAAUCAUUUAAAUAUAUGGAAUCUGGAAAGAGCUUCAGUCAGUGUGGAAGGAGCUUCAGUUGGAGUGCAGAUCUUAAUAUAAAUCAGCCGUUGGAUGCAUAGAGGACAUGCGAAGUUCUGGUGUCUGCAUGUAAAUUUGUACCCAUGUAUUCAAGUAAUGAAGGUGAUGUCUCACAAUAGGAAAUGCAAUAUCAUACGUCAUGAACUGUUUGCAGUGUGCAGAGAGCGUGAACCUGCAAUGCUGGUGGUCAAUGUUGAUGCUCUUUGAGUCGGCUGAAGUUCAGUCUUUGGUAGAGGGAGUUGGAAAUGUUGGUGUUUUGGGAUUGCUAAUAGAGCAUUGUGGAAAUUACAGGGUCAAAGUUGUGAUGCUUUGGAAGCAGGGUUCGUUAUAUUAGUAGUAUACGAACAACCGUAUAACACCUAUUGUUGUAAUUAUACUAAAUGAACAAUGAAGACACAGAAAGAGUGAGGCCAUCUUCUUAUGUGUAUAAAACCCUUCUGUAGUUUUUAUAAUGGAUACACUAAUUGUGUUACAACCCUUCCUCUUCCUUGGUUCUCUGAUGGGCACAAUGUUCAGAUAAAACAUUAUUUCCAGUGGCAGCAGGAAUAGAGGAAUGAAGAAAGCAGGGUUCCUGGAGUGUCCAGAGGGGGUGUGAAAGAGACCCCCUCCCCCGCUCCUCUAGAUGAAUAAAAGCAACCCUGGGGGAAGAGAAGGUGGUGGAGAGAGAGA